AUGCUCUUUAUUCUCUGAAAACCGUUGCUAAAAAAAUUAAAUUUUUCCACUUGACAAACAUUCUUAAUCGUUUUUAGAUUAAGAUAUUAUCAGAGUUCUACUGUAAAACUAGAUGCAAAUAAUAUGCUUUACAAUUUAUCAUAUAUUUAUAUAGCUAAUAACUCUUCAAUAAUUUCCAAGCCUAUUCUUUUUGGUUACAAAUUUUUUAAAUUUUUGAUAUUCCAAUUACUUUAA